GCGCGCUGUUCUUCCAGCUGUGACAUGGCACAGAGGCUGCGUGUACUCUGAGCAGCAGCAGCAGCAUCCUAAACCAUGAACGCUCUCGGGAACGCAGCCAGCGCGGCUCGGAGAACCAGGACGAUGCUGCUGCUGGUCUGGACCUUACUGAACGCGGUGUCGGGACUGAAGGCGGACGACGGCGGAAUGGUGGAGGAACUUGUAACCGAGAAGGAGGCAGAGGAAAGUCACCGACAGGACAGCGUCAAUUUGCUGACAUUCAUUUCGCUGCUGACUCUCACCAUUCUCACUAUAUGGCUCUUCAAGCACAGGCGGGUUCGCUUCCUUCACGAGACCGGGCUGGCAAUGAUUUACGGCUUGCUGGUCGGUGUGAUCCUGCGUUACGGCAUUCCAGCCACCAGCUACCACAACAAGACCCCCCCAAGCUGCUCACUGAAGGAAGGACCUUCCAGCACCCUGCUGCUCAAUGUCAGCGGCAAGUUCUUUGAGUACACCCUAAAAGGGGAGAUCAGCUUCAGGGAGAUCCACAAUGUGGAGCAGAACGAUAUGCUGCGCAAGGUGACCUUUGACCCUGAGGUUUUCUUCAACAUUUUGCUCCCUCCGAUUAUUUUCCAUGCUGGGUACAGUCUGAAGAAGAGACACUUCUUCAGAAAUCUUGGCUCCAUCAUCACCUACGCCUUUCUCGGCACUGCAGUUUCAUGCUUUGUUAUCGGGAAUCUGAUGUACGGCGUGGUGAAGCUGAUGAGGGCGGUCGGACAGCUGACUGAGAAGUUCUACUACACUGACUGCCUUUUCUUUGGGGCCAUCAUCUCCGCCACAGACCCAGUGACUGUGUUGGCGAUUUUCAACGAGCUCCAUGCAGACGGGGAUCUGUACGCUCUGCUGUUCGGAGAGAGCGUCAUGAAUGAUGCUGUGGCCAUUGUCUUGUCCUCCUCCAUCAUGGCCUACCAGCCUGCUGGUGCAAACACACACAUGUUUGACGCCUCGGCCUUUUUCAAGUCUGUGGGAAUUUUCCUGGGGAUUUUCAGCGGCUCCUUUGUGAUGGGCGCAGCCACAGGCGUCGUCACGGCUCUCGUCACCAAGUUCACCAAGCUGCACUGCUUCCCUCUGCUGGAGACGGCGCUCUUCUUCCUCAUGUCCUGGAGCACGUUCCUGCUGGCCGAGGCCUGCGGCUUCACCGGUGUUGUGGCCGUGCUGUUCUGUGGCAUCACCCAGGCUCACUACACGUGCAACAACCUCUCUGAGGAGUCUACAAAACGCACCAAGCAGCUCUUUGAAGUUCUUCACUUCCUGGCUGAGAAUUUCAUCUUCUCGUACAUGGGCUUGGCUCUGUUCACCUUCCAGAAGCACAUUUUCAGUCCCAUCUUUAUCAUUGGAGCUUUUGUAGCCAUAUUUAUCGGCAGAGCUCUCAACAUUUACCCGCUGUCCUUCCUGCUCAACCUCGGUCGAAGGGACAAGAUCAGGGGAAACUUCCAGCACAUGAUGAUGUUUGCAGGUUUACGCGGGGCGAUGGCAUUUGCCUUGGCUAUCCGGGACACUGCCACCUCCGCCCGGCAGAUGAUGUUCACCACCACGCUGCUCAUCGUCUUCUUCACAGUCUGGGUGUUCGGUGGGGGAACCACACCCAUGCUCUCCUGGCUACAUAUCAGCUAUAGAUAUUGGAACUGCAAAAGAUUUCAGGACGAGCGCCGCCGCCAUGGAAAUUGGGAAUACUCCAGGGUCGGUGUGGAUCCAGAUCAAGACCUGCAGCCCUCUGGCGACAGCUUCCAAGUCCUCCAGGGGGAUGGGAACCAGGAUGAGGGCCAGAGUAAAACCAAACAGGAGAGUGCCUGGCUCUUCAGACUCUGGUAUACAUUUGAUCACAAUUACCUUAAGCCCAUUUUGACACACAGCGGUCCACCUCUGACCUCCACUCUGCCCAGUUACUGUGGCCCACUGGCGAGCUGCCUUACCAGUCCACGGGCAUAUGAAAACCACGAGCAGUUAAGGGAUCCCGACACUGACUUGAUCCACAACGACGCCGACCUGACCUUCACAUUUGGCGACACCGCCAUCACCGCCAACGGGGCGUCCACCAGCAGGGCGGAUGCCACCGGGGGGUUGGGCUGGAGCACAAAUGGAAAGAGGAGUGGCAGCACGUCAGAGGAGGCCCUGGAGCGGGAGCUGGAUUCCCGCGAGCAGGAGCUGCUGAGCCGAGGCACACGCCUGGUUUUCCCCAUGGAGGAUCACAUCUGACCUCCCCGCCUCGUCCGAGCCAGCCGCUCUCCCUGGCCUGACCCUCACCCGCACCAUCUUGCCAUCAGUUCUUUCCACUUUCACAUGGGCAGAGUGCCCGGCGCUUCAGAGAUGAGACGGAUCUGAGAUAUGGGAUCUGACAGGAGGAGAAGGGUUCAUCGUGACCUGUGGCUCCAUCAAAGCCAGGGGAGCAGAGCUCCAGGAGCAUUUCAUCCUCAUUAGAUAAGAAGUUUAUUCCAAAGAAGACACAAUGCCCCUGUGGUGUUGAGGGAGAAGAAGAAAAAAAAAUCUUGCUGCUGCUGCUUCACAGACUGUGUUCUCUGCAGAAGAGGAUUAAAAACUUUUUUCAAAGGAAGUGGAAACUUUGUGUGCCCAUACAAGACUAUCUGCAUGUUCAACACUUUGUGGUUGUGCUGGAGGAGAAAAUGGGUCUCAUGGUGGGAUGUGAGCAGUGUGUCUUCAUAGUUCAGAAACCACAUAAAAAGACUUUGACUAAAGACUUCUUUGGUAAAAAUCUACCUGAAGACAUUUACUGCUAAAACCACAGUUUCUGGUUAUCUUGUGAAAUAUCUACUGCUGAGCACGUAAAGGGACCGUGAAGGUGUUUCCAUCUCAGUCAUGAUUCAAUACAAGCAUCUAAAUACCUAUAGAGCCGGGCUUUGUUUCUCAUUGGUUGAACUGUUCAUUGAAGGCCUAUUACAUUUACAGAUGGUAUGUGAACAUCUUGUCAUUCAGUUGACUUGGAUCAUCUUCUGUGUUAAACUGUAUCUCAUGACACAACUUAGAAACCCUGACAUCUUUAAAUUCCAUUAAGGAAUAAAAAAAAGGGCAUGAGGA